GAAACUCCUAAAAGCUUUCUUCGAAAACCAAUGGCGAUUAUCUCUGAGAUGCAAGAGGAGAGACCAUCGGUGCCGUUCAAGGCAAGUCUUGAUCCUUCAAACCCUCUAGUGUUUUUGGAGAGAGUUUUUGACUUUAUGGGGAAAGAGAGCGACUUUCUGUUGAAAAACUCCUCCGACAAGGACGUGUCAACUGCUCUUACGGCUGCAAAGAAGAGGUUGAGGGAAGCCGAGAAGAAGGAGAAGGAGCCCGUGAAGCCUAUUGAGAAGAAGCCGACGAAGGAGAGUGUGUCCAUGGAGGUGGAGAAGCCAAAGAAGGAAAGCUUGAAGCCCACGGAACCAAUGGAAGUGGAUAAACCUAAGGAAGAAGAGGAAAAGAAACCAGGUCCCAUCGUUCCUAACAAAGGCAACGGUCUUGAUUUCGAGAAGUACUCAUGGACACAGAAUCUCCAGGAGGUCACGGUCACCGUUCCAGUUCCAAGCGGCACCAAGUCACGCUCUGUCACGUGUGAGAUCAAGAAGAACCGUCUGAAGGUCGGUCUCAAAGGUCAAGAACCAAUCAUCGAUGGAGAGUUCUUCAGUACUGUCAAGCCUGAUGACUGCUUCUGGAACAUUGAGGAUCAGAAAGUCAUAUCUGUGCUCUUGACAAAGCAGGACCAGAUGCAGUGGUGGAAGUACUGUGUGAAAGGAGAACCUGAGAUUGACACUCAGAAGGUUGAGCCAGAGACCAGCAAACUGUCUGAUUUGGACCCGGAAACUCGAAGCAGCGUUGAGAAGAUGAUGUUUGAUCAGAGGCAGAAGCAGAUGGGACUCCCAACGAGUGAUGAGAUAGAGAAGGAAGAUAUGAUGAAGAAGUUUAUGUCUCAGCAUCCUGAGAUGAACUUCUCUAACGCAAAGUUUAACUGAUCUUUAAUUCCUUGUUCUCUUUUCUUCUCUUAAAGCCAAAUUUUUCUUUGAACUAUCAUCUUGUUAUGGGAUUAUGAUUGAAUCAAUCUGCCCUUUUGGUUUCUUUUCAAGACAGUUGUGAUUCGUUUAAUAAAACUUUUU